AUGGAUGAACCCACGAUCCCGGAGCCUCCUCCGGUUCCCCAGACUGAACCACCAGGUUUCAGUAAAUCCAAUCGAACCUGGACCACUCCCGCCGACUUAGACACCAUGUGGAGCUCCGGCCGCAGCAAUGGGCGCGCGUCAAUUUCAUCCGGUUCUGAUAGACCUAAAUCACAAGCAGGCGAAGUAGCCGAAACCGCAAAGGCAGGUUCCAGCGGGUUCUCCAAGCUACUGAAUGCUCGGCGGAAGCGAAAGAAGGAGAAGGAGCAGAAGCAAACGGAGGAACUAUCACUAGUCUCAGAGAAUGGCCAGGACCUGCAGGAGAGUCGAUCAAACGAGUCUCGCGGCGAGUCCUCCUCGGCGAAUGACAAUCUGAGCCCGCCAGGCGAAGUCAUCACUCUUCUAACUGACGACUCAGAGCCUGAUCGGACUCCUCCUCUCACUACUCGAAACUCCCAUACCGGCUUCUACACUUCCUCCUCCCCAUUAAUCAAGACUACCUCUGUGGACCCGAAUGACACCGACGAGACGCAGGCAGACGUCGAAUCCGCCGCCAGUGUUCCCAGUGCAACUGCCUCGGAGACUUUCCUGGAAGGAGAACUCUCCAGACCCGCUACCUCAUCGGGCCCUAUGUUGAGUAUCCCAGAGGAGCGCAGCAGUAAGAAGCGCAGCGUCUCGCCGGGCAGGCGGCUGAAAAAUGCAUUUAGCUCCAAUUCAAACAAGAAGGAUACCAAUCGCGAACGAACAUCUUCUACCUCGGGCGCGAGUACGAAGAGCGGUGGCCUGUUGAGCAGAAGAAGCAGUCUCUCAUCGAAGCGAAGUCAGACCAUGGAAGUCGAGCCCCCUUCUGUACCCCCGCUAAUUCUGACGGAUGUCAAGGAGGACAAGCCUCUGCGGAUUUCUGAUGGACCCAACCCACCGAGAACGCCGCCACAUACUGCGCACCCUGCACCUCAAACAACCGUGACCCCUCCCACUCCGACUAUUAGUCGCUCAGAAUUCCCUAAAUUAUUCUCCUCCCCUGACGUCACAGAGUCUCCAGAGUCUGUCAAGUCAAAGGACCUACCGUCGGGCGUCAUUGUAAGCACGUCUGGAAACAUGAUCUCGCACCGACGUGUGCGGUCUGCGUCCUCUGCGUCUCACAAGCCUAGUAAACUCUCAAACUCUAUAUCCGCGUUGACCCCUACCGCCGAAGAACCAAAAGCUCCUUCCAGGUCUCCGUCCAGCAACCUGCAAACUGGUUUCUUCUCCUCCGUCUUUUCUGCCGCUCAGAAUGCCGCGUCGACUCUGAGUAGCAGCCUCAAUCCACAAGCCAAGGCGCGGACAGUGGCCCAACCUGAACCCGCAGCCUCUGACGAAUCACAGUCCAAGGGCACAGCGGAAGGCUCGAAAGAGACUGAGAGGCCAACCGGGGAAAGGAAACCAUCUGCCAUCGAUACGCUGGGGUCUGGGGACUUGAAUUUCAGCCAUCUUGACAUUGGUGCGCCCUCUGGCGGUUCUGUUUCGACUCCUGAUGGCCUUGUGAUCACGAAACCUGAUAGGGCACCCGAGAAACGUGCCGCUUACAAGAAAGAUGAGGAGGCAGCAAGACUUGAGGAUCAACACGCUGCGCGUGCGGUCUAUAUGGCUUAUGAAAAACCUUCUGAACAAUCGUCAGCGCAUCCGGCAGAGGAGGGCCUGGAGUUGCAAUCAACCAACUCCCUUUCACGCGCGGAUGGUGAUCAGACCACUCCGAGCGGUAGCAUAUUCGAGGGCGAAACUGGCACUCGGCCUCAUCGAAGCGGAAGCGUGCGAAGUCGACUGGCUCAGAGGCGUCAUCGAGGCUCUUCCGGUGCGACCGCAUCGACGGUGGGACUGGUUGGUGCUAGCGCUAUCGCCCUGGGUGUUCCCGAGGAUGACUACCUCAUCGAAGAUUACAGCUGUGCCUUGCAGAGAGAGAUCAUCCUGGCGGGGCGUAUCUACAUCUCCGAAGGGCACAUUUGCUUCUCCAGCAACAUCCUCGGCUGGGUUACCACUCUCGUUAUCAGUUUCGAUGAAAUCGUGGCCAUAGAGAAAGAGUCAACUGCGAUGGUGUUUCCCAAUGCAAUAGCCAUCCAGACAUUGCACGCUCGUCAUACUUUCCGAAGUCUACUCAGUCGAGAGUCCACGUAUGAUCUGAUGGUGAACAUCUGGAAGAUCAACCACCCCGCCCUCAAGAGCUCCGUAAACGGAACAAGGGUUGCGACCGGUACCGGUGAUAAAACCGAAAAGGCUGGCGAGAGCGAAGUCGAGAGCGAUGAUGACGAGGAAGAAGAGAUCUACGAUGAGGAUGAGGAGGGUGACAACGCUGAAAGCGUCUUCGGACCAGGAGGCGCCAGUGCGAACGCCAGCGAGCGCUCACUCCCUACGAAAGGACUGAGCCGGCAAGCCUCCGGUCUGCUUCAGAAUGGCAAUGGUACAGCGCCGACUGCGGUGCCCAACUCCAACGGAGAGUCGAAGUCUGGCAAACCGAGUCCAGGUGGGGAUGUAGACGCUGACUUCCCGGGCCCGGCGACUCACCCGCCAACGGAGUAUACUGAGCCCAACGGCCAGUAUGACAAAGUCAUCAAAGACGAAAUCAUCCCAGCCCCUCUCGGUAAAGUGUAUUCUUAUGUCUUUGGACCGACAUCCGGCUCGUUCAUUCCCAAGUUCCUUGUUGAAAACCAAAAGUCCGGCGAACUCCAGUUCGAGAGUGAAAAGAAAGGCCUUACAAACGAAAGCAGAACCAGGAAAUAUUCAUACAUCAAACCGCUCAAUGGCUCCAUUGGUCCCAAGCAGACCAAGUGCAUCAGCACUGAAACCUUGGAUUUUCUGGACCUAGAGAAAGCUGUACUCGUCACCCUUUCGACGCAGACUCCCGAUGUGCCUAGUGGGAAUGUAUUUUGCACCAAGACCAAAUAUUUGUUCACAUGGGCACCGGGCAAUCAAACACGGUUUUUUAUGACUUGCACGAUUGAAUGGUCGGGCAAGAGUUGGUUGAAAGGUCCUAUCGAAAAGGGUGCCAUUGAUGGCCAGACCACAUUCGGCAACGAGCUUGUCGCCGCCCUCAAAGCCGCGGUUGCUCCCCGUGCUCGUGGCGCUGGCGCUACCAAAGCAGGCGGUAAAAAUGGUAAACGUAGAAAGAACGAUACGGGGGCCGAAGAGGCAGCCACUGUGGCCUCUAACACGACUCAGGAUGCGAAUGUGUUGCAGGCCAAGUCUUGGGGCUUUCUGGAGCCAGUCCAUGGGCUGCUUGGGCCUGUUGUGGAUAUCCUCAAGCCGCUGUUGAUUGGCAAUGUUACUGUUCUGGUUAUUGGCAUUCUGCUUUUCAUGGUCUUGUUCCGAAGCCCCUCUCAAACGUCGCGGGUGUCGCAUGAUAUUGGAUGUCCUGGUUAUUCCUUACCUCAACGGCUGGCUGCCUAUGAAGAAAUGUGGCGAAGGGAGGAGAGUGAACUCUGGAGCUGGCUGGAGGAUCGAGUUGGCAUGGAGGGGAUGGCCUUCCCGGCAGCUAACCGACCCACCGAUUCCCAGCUGCGCCAGGAUUCCCCUCACCUACUGGAUAAGCUGCGCAAUGAGAGGAUGUCUGAUCGCGAGAUGAACCAUGCUAUCAGGACUACUCGCGAGCGGCUCGACAUCCUCGAAGAGAUAUUGAGCAGACGAAACUCGCAAAAGACUACCGACGAUGAGGCGCUACAUCGUGAACUGUGA